UCUCUCAACCAAACCCUAAAUAAACCCCACCCUACACCCUCUUCCCACCCCCCUGUCUCUCUCCCUUGCAUGCCUUUUCUUCUUCCUCUUCUUCAUUUCUCUUUCUUCUCCCCACAAGUAACCAAAUCCCCAUUAAGGAGCUCUAACUCACAUUCUAUGCACAAUCGCCAUGGCUGUUGAAGCUCGCCAUAUCAAUCUCUUUCCUUCUCAAUUCAUACCAAACAAAAGACAAGUGAUGGGCUCUCUGGAUGGAAACGGUGUCGUUUACGGAAGCCAGGUUGGGCAGAGAGGUCUGGUUUCCGAGAAUUUGAUGGUUCCUUUUUACAGUUCAGCCUUCGUCGAUCCGGCUCCGGCCAAGGCAGACAGUGGCCUCACGUAUAAUCUUCCGGUUGCGAGGAAGCGGGCGAGGGACGAGUCCGUGAUGAUGUCCUUCCCCGGAAACUUCUCCUUUCUCGGCCAGGACAUUUCUCUGCAGAUCCAACAGCAGCAGUUGGAGAUUGACCGAUUCAUUUCUCAACAUAUGGAGAGGGUGAGGUUGGAGAUAGAAGAGCGGAGAAAAAGACAUUCGAGGCGAAUAAUAGAGGCGGUGGAGGAGGCUCUGAUGAAGAGACUGAAGGCCAAAGAGGAGGAAAUCGAGAACAUCGGGAAAUUGAAUUGGGCACUGGAGGAGAGGGUGAAAUCGCUGUGCGAGGAGAACCAGAUAUGGCGAGACUUGGCGCAGACCAACGAAGCCAACGCCAAUGCUCUGAGGAACAAUCUGGAGCAAGUUCUGAGCCAGGUGAAGACGGAGCAGCGGCAGAGCCGGAUCAGCCCCUGCCCAGAGUACAUAGAAAUGGAGUGGGCGGAGGAGGCAGAGUCGUGCUGCGGGAGCACAAGUGGCGGCGACGGUGAUUGCGACAGAGAAAACGAAGAGAAAGAGAGUAGAGAAAUGGAUGACAGGAACAUGAGAUGGUGCAGAAACUGCAGGAAGGAGGAGGCGUCGGUGUUACUGCUGCCGUGCAGGCACCUCUGUCUGUGUACAAUCUGUGGCUCCACCCUCCACACUUGCCCCAUCUGUAAAUCUAACAAGAAUGCCAGUGUGCAUGUUAACCUCUCUUAGAAACAAUAUUUCACAAAAUACAAUUCCAAAAAAAAAAAAAAA